CACGGACCCGACCCGAAUCCGCCAACCUUCAUUGUGUUCAGUCCCACACCCGACAUCGCGCCCUGCGUCGUCAGUGUUCGAUGUGGAUGCAAACGACGAUCGCAUAGAGAGAGCGCUUCGGAGAUCGCUUUGUCGAACAUGAAUUGACGCACAAAACUGAAGAAUCCCAGCUGGCCGAAUGCGCGCAUGAGGUCGCCGUGUGCGUGCUAGGCACCGGCUGCAGAGGAGCCUGGAGGAGCCAUGUACUGGCCGCUUGGGACUCCGCGAAUCUAUGCGACGAGCAACUCCUGCCAGCCGGCCGCCCUCCGCAUAGUCUCCCACGAUGGCCUUUCAGCCGCCGGCGCCGCUGCCGGCGGCCGCUCUGAGCACCGACCCGACAGGACUUCGCUGCUGUCUCCGAGCUCCGCUGCCGUUCAAGAUGGACCGGCCGCGCUCUCGACCACUCCUGUCACCCCGGUGACACCAGCAACCCCCCUGACACCCGGCAUCAAACCCGUCGAGCAUGAUUGCCCCGACGAGACCGCCCCCGGAAAUCCGCCGGAACCGGUGCCGCCAAGCAUUCCCUUGCACGAGCCCAUCCUUGCCCUUCGUGUGGCGCGCGCUGGCCACAUCUUUGCCGUCAUCACAGCAACAUCCAUGACAGUCUGGCAGACAAAGCCAACCGUCGUCCUCGCUGUCGUCGUCCGCUCCAAACCGUCCCUCGAGACCUAUGGCACCAAUACCAACUUGCUACUCCGGCCAGACUCGGCCAUCUUUGUCGUUCAUACAAGCCUGGGAUACCUGCUAACAUACUCGCUUGCCACCGAUCCCGAAGCACGGGUCUACCGGCCGCAUUUUGCCAACCAUACCAACAUUCAGCGGAGACGCCAGAACCAUGUCGGAGAACCCGGCCACGCCGCCCCGGACCAGAUAUUCUGGGGUCCGGGCGAAGGACCGGGGGUGAAAGAUGUCAGUGUUCGCUUCCGAAUGGUGAUCAAGGUUGACGCAGGCAUCGAAAGCGCCUUAGCGCUCGACGACGAGCUGGUGGUGGCGACGCAGAAGCCCGCUGCUGUCCAGUGCAUCCGCUGGGCGCCUGACAGCUCGGGGAACCAGACACGCACCGAGCUGCUGAGUCGAAUGACGUGGCUGGCGAAGAAGGUCACCAUCAAGGAGAUGACCCACGACAGAGCUAUGAACCUGUCAACGUGGAUUACGAGCGAUGGCAUGGCCUACGCCGUGCAGCGACUGACCGCUGGCCACCAAGACGGCGCUUCAAACGAGCCGGCCGACCCCAAGAGGCUGUUCAGAGGCUAUUGCUUCCACACGCCUCGGGACGAAGCCGAACAUGCUGUCCGCUGUGUAGUCAACGCACGGUUUUCCCUGAUCGCCGUUGGGUGCGCUGAUGGCCAUGUCCGUGUUUACUCGGCGCGGGAUUAUUCGGGCAACAUCCCUCCGUCCCACGUUCACAGCGUGCCUGCAUCUGCCGCCGCGUGCGGGAAGCUCACCACGCUCAGCUACUCGCCCGAUGGCUACUGCCUCUUCGCCGGCUUUGAGAAGGGGUGGGCGACCUGGAGUGUUUACGGGAAGCCGUUAUGCAGCACUUUCCAUGCCGACCAUGCCAUUUCCUCAGUGAACGGGGAAGAAUGGCUCACGGGCGUGCUGGAGGCUUCCUGGGUGGGCGGAGCCUGUGACCUCCUGUUGGCCGGCAGAGAGCACCAGGCGGUCUGGCUUCUGGAGAUGGCGCGGAGCGCGGUAACUGGGUGCUACAACCCGGCCAAUCUGUUCCGCACUGUGCUCCAGAGCACCUCGAGCGUCAUGAUAUACAGAGGUUAUGACCUACCGGACCUCACUUCCAUUUCGGCCGAACCGUCGCUUUGGCACACGAGCAGAAUUCCCGCCGUCUAUCUCUGGAAUCAGUGGCCCAUCCGGUGUACAGCCAUCUCGGCGGACGGGAGAUACGUCGCCGUGGCGGGCAAGAGAGGUUUGGCGCAUUACAGCGUCAACAGCGGUCGCUGGAAGACAUUCGCCAACGAAGCCGCAGAAAACGAGUUCCAGGUUAGAGGCGGCAUGUGUUGGUACCAGAAUGUUUUGGUUGCGGCCGUGGAAGGCAACAACAGGUCGUUUGAGCUGCGGUUAUACCCCCGCGAGGCCGCCCUCGACAGCGGCACCGCGGCUUACACGCAACAGAUGGCGGCGCCUGUGGUGCUGAUCACGUCGACCGGCGAAGAUUCGUUACUCGUCUACACCUACGACAAUCUCCUGUACCAUUUCGUGUUCGCUUCCACAUCCGGCGCCGUCAGGCUCAUCGAGGUGGGCCACAUAGCCUUCCACGGCAUCGUGCGAUCGCCUGCCAGGGUGAGAGGCCUGAGUUGGAUCCUACCAGACCACCAGCUUCUGGAGGGGGAUCCUUCUCAAGAUGUAGCUCAUGCGUCCGUCCUCUUCCUUGUGGACGGAAAGCUCGUUCUCCUGCGGCCCUCGGUGAGCGAGGGCAAUCUGAAGUACGACAUGCGCGUCAUCGCCCACAACGUCGAGUACUAUCUCAACAUGAGGGAUCGGCCGCAGACGCUCGAAUCUGCAACGCAACGGCUUACCCCGUCGACCAAUGGCGUGCGAGGCGGGGCCCUGGAAGACUCGCUGUGGGUAUUCGAUGGCAGUGAGCUGAAAACCUGGCCAGACGUGGAGCCGGUCAUGACGGCGAUAUCGGGGGGGUUCUCAAGAGAUCUGCCCGCCACCGUCCCCGUGUCCGUUGACUUCUAUCCCUUGUCAGUCAUUCUUCCAAAGGCCAUCGUACUCGGCGUGGAGCCGGAUCUCAUCCAGCGUCGCGAUAUCAGUUUCUCUUUCUUCCGCUUCUCCAUCAGGACCCACCUGUUCCUACCCGAUAUAUUGAGUUUCUACCUGAACGGGAACAAAACCACCGAAGCCUUGCGAUUGGCGCAGCAGUACGAGCAGCUGGAAUACUUCGCUCAUGCUCUCGAGAUUCUCCUGCACCGCGUACUGGAUGAGGAAGUAGACGCGGAUCCCACCCCAGCGCCCGAGCACGCCAUUCUUCCGCGGGUGCUUUCGCUGCUCUCGUCGUUCAAACAAUAUCUCGACAUCGUGGUGCAGUGCACGCGCAAGACGGAGGUGCGUUCCUGGCGGACUCUAUUCGCCUAUCUCCCUCCACCGCAAGAGCUGUUCGAGGAGAGUCUCCAACGCGGCAGCCUCAAAACGGCGGGCGGCUAUCUCUUGAUUCUCCACACCUUCGACGAGCUGGCGGCAGCGAGCGAACAGAGUGUGCGGCUGCUGAGCCGGGCCAUGCACGAGGAAGACUGGGACCUGUGCAAGGAGCUGGCGAGAUUCCUGGCGGCGCUGGACGAGACUGGGGAUACUCUGCGGGAAGCACUGGAAAUGGUCCAAGUUCGAAGGCUCCAGGGCGGCGACGUGGAAGAAGCGGCGGCGAGGAAUGGAAUCAUGACGAGACUCGAGAUUCCCUCCGGCGGGGUCUACCCACCGUUUGGUGGUGGCUCGGCGCGGACAAACCUCGGGCGGAUCGCAGGAAGCGAUUCGGAAGCAGAAGGCCGGUCCGGCAGCGAUGCGGGCAGCUUCACCAGUGGCAGCCGUUCAGAAGCCAAGGACGACUUUUCGUAAUCGUGGCCAAGAAGGAUUAGUUGGAUAGCCGGAGACCAUGCAAAAGCGGCACAUAGGGCAGGGGGGUUUCGGGCCGCCAUCAUCGCUGACGGACCAUGUUCAGGGGAAGAAGGGAGGAUGCCCGAACACGCAGGUGCGAGCAUGAGUCAGGACAGCUCAGAGAGUCAGAUGCUGGAUGCCACAGAGAAGCACCAGACGGAAAGGAGAGGCCUCACCCGACCUGCCAUAGGUAAA